AGCGGCCUCAGUCCCCGCCGACGCCCGGGGCAAAGGCCACAGAUGUAAGGGGCUGGGCAGCCCGAGCUGCUGUGGUCGCGGGGAGCGGGCAAUGGAGGCACGCGCUCUCCUCGCACGUCACCAUGAGUUUCCUAAUAGACUCCAGCAUCAUGAUUACCUCCCAGAUACUUUUCUUUGGAUUUGGGUGGCUUUUCUUCAUGCGCCAACUGUUUAAGGACUACGAGGUACGUCAGUAUGUCGUACAGGUGAUCUUCUCGGUGACUUUUGCGUUUUCUUGCACCAUGUUUGAGCUCAUCAUCUUUGAAAUCUUAGGCGUGCUGAAUAGCAGCUCCCGUUACUUCCACUGGAAACUGAACCUGUGCGUCAUUCUGCUGAUCCUGGUCUUCCUGGUGCCUUUCUACAUCGGCUAUUUUAUUGUGAGCAACAUCCGCCUGUUGCACAAACAGCGACUGCUUUUUUCCUGUCUCUUAUGGCUGACUUUUAUGUAUUUCUUCUGGAAACUAGGAGAUCCAUUUCCCAUUCUCAGCCCAAAACACGGGAUCCUGUCCAUAGAGCAGCUCAUCAGCCGGGUGGGUGUGAUCGGUGUGACUCUCAUGGCUCUUCUUUCGGGAUUCGGUGCUGUCAACUGCCCGUACACGUACAUGUCCUACUUCCUCAGGAAUGUGACGGACGUAGACAUCCUAGCCCUGGAACGGCGACUGCUCCAAACCAUGGACAUGAUCAUAAGCAAAAAGAAAAGGAUGGCAAUGACCCGGAGAACCAUGUUCCAGAAGGGGGAGGUGCAUAACAAGCCUUCGGGAUUCUGGGGGGUGAUAAAGAGCAUCACCACUUCAGCUCCAGGAAGUGAGAAUCUUACUCUGAUUCAACAGGAAGUGGAUGCUUUGGAAGAACUAAGCAGGCAGCUUUUUCUGGAAACAGCUGAUCUCCAUGCUACCAAGGAGAGAAUAGAAUACUCCAAAACUUUCAAGGGGAAAUAUUUUAAUUUUCUGGGUUACUUUUUCUCUAUUUACUGUGUUUGGAAAAUUUUCAUGGCGACCAUUAAUAUAGUUUUUGACAGAGUGGGGAAGACUGAUCCUGUCACAAGAGGCAUUGAGAUCACUGUGAAUUAUCUGGGAAUCCAAUUUGAUGUGAAGUUCUGGUCCCAGCACAUUUCCUUCAUUCUGGUUGGAAUAAUCAUUGUCACGUCUAUCAGAGGACUGCUGAUCACUCUUACCAAGUUCUUUUACGCCAUCUCUAGCAGCAAGUCCUCCAACGUCAUCGUCCUGCUGUUAGCACAGAUAAUGGGCAUGUACUUCGUCUCCUCGGUGCUGCUGAUCCGCAUGAGCAUGCCCCUGGAGUACCGCACCAUCAUCACCGAAGUCCUCGGGGAGCUGCAGUUCAACUUCUACCACCGCUGGUUCGACGUGAUCUUCCUGGUCAGCGCGCUCUCCAGCAUCCUGUUCCUCUACCUGGCUCACAAGCAGGCACCAGAGAAGCAUAUGACCCCUUGAACUCACGGCUGUUGCAGACUGCGAACAGGCCAGUGGUGUCCGCAUUUAGAUAGAACAAGGGAAAGUGGAGGGACCAGGGCCUGGUAUUUUUUAUACAAACAAGAUGCUGUGGUAGCCUCUUCCACCUGCAGCUAUGCCUUCCUCUCAGACGAUACGGUGUUCGUGAGCCGCACUGGCUGGAGCGGAGAGCCAGGUAACUGAAGCCAGUGCUCCGCCGAGAGGUUCCUGUGGGUUUGAGGCUGGUGCAGCGUUGGGAGGGGAGAAGUACACUGGAAUCCGGGGUAAGCGAGUCUGCGGUAGCUGGGCCACGCGUGUGGGUUUCUGCUAAGUCAAGGUUCACAUGGAGGAAGUUUUGGCUUCCAUUUUGUCAUUAAAAUCCAAGAUUGUAAGUCUGGCCUUAGCUUUAUUUCAUCAAGGACAGCUCCCUGUUUGCUUGUAUGAUCUCACAUGAGUUAGCUACUCCCCCUCCCCCCUAAUCCUUACCCCAUUAAAAUAACCAAGAGCUUGUCUGUUCUUUCCUGGCAUAGGAUGGGGUGCAACUGAAAGAAAUUCUACCAAGAGAGAUUUCAAGGGUGCCAUUUUUCCUGAUUUCCUUUCACUUAAUAUCAUGUAAGAGUGAAUUAUUCUACAUUCAAUUAAGUAAUGAUGGCUCCUAUUUUCUUCCCUUCUGCCCCUCAUACUGUGGGUAAAACAAUGAAUAACUGCUAACUGGAAUAAGUCACUUUUUUCUCCGACUCACUUUCUUCAUCUGUAAAAGGAAGAUGUUGGAAAAGUUGUAGAACACUCAGAAAUGCCAUUUAAGAAAAAUCCUUAAUUUUACUACCAGGAAGUCUAUUACUAAGGUCUUAUUCUGAAUUUUAUUUUGUUUUUGGUUCCUAGAGGCAAAACAAAAAUUAAAGCAUGAAAUGCUUACCAAAAACAAACACAAUUCAGGUUAGAUCAGCUAACAGAAGGUUCAAGCAACUCAAAAGACAUUUUUAAUGGCAUUUAUUUUAGUAACCACACAUUCUUUAAAAAGCAUAAUUUUAAUAGGCAAACUCACAUCCUUUAAUUAGCAGUUUCAGAAUUACAGAUUUAUGAAUCAUCUUUGGUGCUCAAGGAGCCCAUAGAAGUAAGAGAUAUCAUCAUACAGAGAAAUACAGUUAAGUUGAAGCGUGGAAGAGAUUACAUGAAAAGAAUCUGGUCCCGCCUUAGCUUCUCCUAAGUUGACCAUAAAUAAGCCGUCGGCAAUAGGCACUCGAG